UGUUCCACUUCCUCUUCUGAAUCCAGCUUGAGUUUCUGGCAUUUCCCUGUCGAUAUACUGAAUAACCAUCUUUUAAUUAUCUUCAGCAAAAUACCCAGAGUGGUAAGGGUUAGCCUGCAAACCUCAGAAUUUGGCUGUGUCUCGGGAUGUUUGGAAAGUCUGUACCCUCGAGCCAGCUCCAUCUCCCAUCCAAGUUAAACAGUAACAACCCAAGGUCGGGGAAAGAGCCUUGUUGGAACAGGUUUCUUCUCCCCAAGCGGUGGCUUAGCCUUGACCAGGUGGGGCCCACCCCCUCUCCUGCCUAUAAAUAUACUCCAGCCCCCUUGGGGGCCAUGCAGUUCGGACACUCACACCAUGUUGGGAAUCGCAGUCCUCGCCGCACUCCUGGCCUGUGCCUCCAGCUGCGGGGUCCCAAGCUUCCCCCCCAACCUAUCAGCCCGGGUGGUAGGAGGAGAGAAUGCCAGACCCCACAGCUGGCCCUGGCAGAUCUCCCUCCAAUACCUCAAGAAUGACACGUGGUGGCACACAUGCGGUGGCACCUUGAUCGCCAGGAACUAUGUCCUCACGGCAGCCCACUGCAUCAGCAACUCCCUUACCUAUCGAGUGGGCCUGGGGAAGAACGACCUGACCGUGGAAGACGAGGAGGGCUCCCUGUUUGUGGCUGUGGACACCAUCUUUGUCCAUGAGAAAUGGAACUCCUUGCUGGUACGCAACGACAUUGCCCUCAUCAAGCUGGCGGAGCCUGUGGAGUUGAGUGACACCAUCCAGGUGGCCUGCCUGCCAGAGGAGGACUCCGUGCUGCCUAAUGGCUUCUCCUGCUACAUCACUGGCUGGGGCCGCCUCUGGACCAGCGGCCCCAUCGCCGAUGAGCUACAGCAGGGCCUGCUGCCGGUGGUGCAAUAUUCCACAUGUGCCAGAAUCGACUGGUGGGGUUUCCUGGUGAAGAAAACGAUGGUGUGCGCCGGGGGUGACGGUGUCAUCUCGGCCUGCAACGGGGACUCGGGUGGUCCACUGAACUGCCAGGCAGAGAACGGCUCCUGGGAGGUACAUGGCAUCGUCAGCUUUGGCUCAAGUCAGGGCUGCAAUAUCCAAAAAAAGCCCACAGUCUUCACCCGAGUGUCUGCCUACAUAGACUGGAUCAACAAGAAAAUACAGCUGUGAUUCGUCCUUGGAAUGCAUGGCAGCCACAACAACAAUAAACACCCUCCCC